CCGAUUCCCGAGUCGAAGGAAUGGGCCAAACUCAACCGGCCUUGCCAUGACAUGAAAUCGAUCAGCUUUUCCAAAUCUCAAUCCGAGGGAAGAGACCAAAAUGAAGUCAGCAAUAUCAUCACUGUUUAGCUCCAAGAACUGCAAUCUCCACAAUUCUCCUUUCUCUCCAUUUCAUUAUCGCUCCUCUAUUUUACACACGAAAUCCAUCACUCACCUAUGCCCUAAUCUCUACAGCAACAUCUACAAGAAGAACCCCUGCAAUUUCAUCAAUUUUGACAAGAAGUUCAAAUCUUCACUUGCUCCGAUAAUGGCUUCCGCAUUCAAGCCUGAGCAAGCCAGGGCUCCUCCCGCUAUCCCCUUGCCGCAUCCUUCUGUCACCAAGUUUAAGAUAGGCCUAUGCCAGUUGCUGGUUACCGCGGAUAAGGAGAGAAACAUUGCACAUGCUCGCAAAGCAAUUGAGGAGGCUGCAGGAAAGGGUGCCCAGCUAGUUGUCUUGCCGGAAAUAUGGAAUAGUCCUUAUUCCAAUGAUAGUUUCCCAGUUUAUGCUGAGGACAUAGAUGCAGGCAGCAAUUCAUCCCCUUCAACGGCCAUGCUUUCUGAAGUUGCCCGUCUUCUGAAGAUCACCAUAGUUGGUGGCUCUAUCCCAGAACGUUAUGGGGAUCAGUUGUAUAAUACAUGUUGUGUCUUUGAUACUGAAGGAAAGUUGAUAGCCAAACACAGGAAGAUACACCUUUUUGAUAUUGACAUUCCUGGGAAGAUUACCUUUAUAGAGUCGAGGACUUUAACAGCUGGGCAGAGUCCAACAAUUGUGGACACAGAAGUUGGUCGUAUUGGUAUAGGUAUCUGUUAUGACAUUCGAUUUCAAGAACUGGCAAUGAUAUAUGCAGCAAGAGGAGCUCACUUGAUUUGCUACCCUGGGGCAUUUAACAUGACGACUGGACCAUUACACUGGGAGUUACUGCAGAGAGCAAGGGCUGUGGAUAAUCAGUUAUAUGUAGCAACUUGUUCCCCUGCUCGAGACGUUGGAGCUGGUUAUGUGGCUUGGGGCCACUCGACUCUAGUAGGACCAUUUGGAGAAGUUCUGGCUACCACCGAGCAUGAACAGGAUAUAAUCAUAGCAGAGAUAGAUUAUUCUCUAAUUGAGCAAAGAAGGACAAAUCUUCCCUUGACGAAGCAACGGAGAGGUGAUCUUUAUCAGUUGGUGGACAUCCAGAGGCUGAACUCUCAACCUUGAUGACAGACUAAUGCUGCAACAGAUUGGAAUCGACUCCGAAAGCAGUUAUUUGUUCAGAAACAACUGUUCUUUGCCAUGUUGUGUAAGAACUGCACCCGAGUACUGCAGAGAAAUUGGUUACUAUGUGAGUUGAAAUAAUUGCCAAACCUUAUUUUAUACAGAAGAAUUUCAUCACGUAUUGACUCUGCUAAAAGCAAAGGUCGAAUACAUAAAUUGGCAUACUAGAAGUCUGGCAGUACCUUCAAGUUUUAUUAUGUUUUAUCUAAUAUUUUUAUUUUUAUUUUUAAAAUUAAGAGAUCCUUUGGUUGAAUAUAUCUUUUUAUUCAUUAUCA